AUUCCAGUAAAAGGUAAUACUGAUCUAGGUAAUUAACAAUGUGCCCUUGAAAGGUUCAAUGUUGUUUUAUUUUGUAUCUUUCUCUCUUCUCAUCUCACCGAUAUCAUGUAAACAUGUUUCCAGGAUAACCUUUACAAUUAAUUAAAAUGUAUUAAGAAGGUUAACAAUGAUAAAAAAGGAAGAGAAAAUUGAAGAUGAAAGCGUAAAAGUGGUGGUAAAAAAAAGUAUAAUGUUAAAAAUGUGACCCUGGACCCACAAAAAAAACAAGUUGAUAAUCAUCAUGAUCACUCCCAUUUUUACUAUAUAUAUAUCAGUAUAUACACCUUGUCAUCAGUAAACACCUUUAACAACAGCAAAAAAAGCAGUGAACAAAGUUGGUGUUAAUCGUCUGAUAUCGCUUACAAGUUUAUUGUUCAUAAUCAACAAUCAACUAUUGAAAGUAUUUAUGAGAAAAAGGAUAAAUCUACAGACAAUUCUACGCAUCAACUUCAUGUCUUUAGUUUCUAUUACACCAUUUUGUUGAACAAUCUUCUCCAUACACUGAAUCUUCAAUAAUUUUUUACCCGACUAUUGAUGAAAGGCAUCUAAAGAAAGCUAGAAAGGUUAAGAGAAAGAGAAGAAAAAUCAAGGAAUAAAGCCUAAGGCGAGAAGUUAUCUUUGGUUCUUCUUCAUCUCCAUCAUCUUACAAGUUUCCAGAAAAAAAUGAAGCGCAACGGAGAAGAGUGAGAAAAAUAAGAGAAACAAGUUUUCUCCAUCUUCUUCUUCUUCUUCACCUUACUUGGCCUUCUUUUUUUCAUCUUACUGUCCAUAGACUUGGAGAUUCCUUUAAAAAGCACUCUUUUGAUCAAUGUUAAAGCUCAAUAGCGAAAGAAAAGUAAAGAAAGAGAAAAAAGAAAGGAAUAUCUUCUCUGUGCUUACUCUUUUGUUGUAAUUAUCAUCCGUCUUCUUACCGUUUACCAUCAUAAGGAUUAUCUUUUACGUGAAUGCCCUUGGAAAUACCCAGUGAUGUUAAUAGUUUAAAACAACGCUCAUUUUAUGAUAGUGAUAUUGGAUAUACUGCUCAAGAGAUCCAUGAACAACAUCAAAGGCUCCAUCAUCUUGUUCAACAACAAUUGCAGCAACAACAAUCAUCUCACCGUCGAUCAGAGGAUGACACUGGAAUAAAUGAUGAAGGAGAAACAGAUGCUGGUAAUGAUUCGUGUUUACAUGACGCUCAGAGGAGAUCUGUGAUUGGUUAUAAUAUUUCUAAUAAUUCUAAAAAUCUUUAUGAAGAUACCUAUCGACAUAGCUCAACUUUACUUGGUCUUAAUCCACACAAUGAUUAUGAAAGGUUAAAGAUUAAUGGUCGUAACUCUGAAGUUGACUGUUCAGGUAAUCCAUCUGGACGUAGUCAUUUAAGCAACAACAAUUUCGAUAAUAAUUGUAAAAAUAAUAAUAGUCGGAAUAACGAUUCAAAUUUGAGAACCUCCAACAAAUUACUAGACAUAACCAAUCAUCAAUAUUAUCCUCAUUUAAUCACCAUGGAUGGUUUAAGGAAUCAAUUGGUUCGACGUAAAUCUGGCACUGGAUCAACUAACAAUUCUAUUCGUCCACCGACAGUUGAACGUUGUGAUCAACUUCAGGUGACUCUUAGAGGAUGGCUAUACAGAUUGGAAGGUGGUGCCAUUAAACAAUGGAAACGUCGAUGGUUUGUUUUGGGUGAUUAUUGUCUAUUUUAUUACAAGGAUUCCCAUGAGGAGAAGUGUCAUGGAUCAGUUUUAUUACCCAGUUACCAUGUAUCUAUAUGUAAACCCAAUGAAGAUGGUAUAACACGUAAAUUUAGCUUUAAAUUGGAGCAUCAAAAUAUGAAAACGUAUUUUUUGGCUGCCGAUUCUAAAGAGUCAAUGGAACAAUGGAUGACAGCAUUAAACUUGGCUUCUAUUAUGCAACUCAACUAUGGAUCAAAUAACGCCAACAUGAAUAGUAUUAAUCGAAGAGAUUUAUCUUCUGGUCAACCUUCAAUGACAGGUAGCUUAGGAUAUGGGCCAGACGGACAUAAUCAAUCUGAAGGUCAUGAUGUUACCGAUUCAAGAUUAAUGAUGAUGACAGGAUCAUCAAUCAAUAAUGGUAAAGGGUAUCCUACUCGGUGUCUUACUGGUAAAACUUCAGGUGGUGGUGAUGAAGAAGAAGAUUCUGGAUUCAACUCUUAUGUCCCUCGUCGUCCACCAAUGCCUAAUUCUAUCAACAACUCAUCAACUGAAUCAUCAGGAUACCUUCCAGCUGGAGCUAAAUACCCAGGUUCUUUCAAUUGUACAGGCCUUUCACCAAUUUCUUAUCAUAGUUCCUCGUAUUUAGCUGGACAUUCAGGUGGACAAAUGUUAGUUUAUCCACCGACUCAUCAAAAAAGGUCACACUACGCUAAUGCACCUCCAAAACCAAGACGUCAACAAUUAGAUGAAUCGGGUGUUCUAAACUGUAGUGAUUUAUACCCAGUUUCUAAUGAAUUUGGAGCCAUUCCACCGGGAUCUCACUAUAACAAUCAGUACUUUGGUCCAGGCAAUGGACCUGCUCCUGAUUUGAUUGCUCAUAAUAAUAGUUCAAGUAGCAAUGCUGUUAACAAUUCAUCUGUUUGUAAUUCUUCAACAAAUAUUGACCAAAACAAUAGUGUCGGUAGUAAUACUGUCGCUGAUUGUACUAAUAAGCAAAAUAGCACCAACACUGCCGUUAAUAGCAACAACUAUCAUCAAGCUCCUCCAUACAACGCUGAAUAUCCUCAACCGGAUGGAAUUAAUAUGCAAUUUACUUUAUCGUCUCCUAUGUCACCGAACGCAAAUGCAAAUCAACACUAUUCUAUUCCACCGCCAUCACAAUUUACUGUUUCAAGCAAUCAGAUGACUGGUUAUCAUCCUCAUCAUCAUCAUCACAUUCAACAACAAAUUCAGUCACAACAGCAGCAACAUCACCAUCAACAGCAACCACAGCAACAGCAGCAGCAGCAGCAACAACAACAACAGUCACAACCACAAGCAUCAACAGGUCAAUACACGAGAGCAAGAUUGCCUCCUCGUCCACAUUCAGCCGAUUUUCUCGAUAGAGAAGCUCAAGAUGAAGAUGAGAUAGCUGAAAUUGAGAAUUGCUAUCAACAUGCUAACAAUGUAAAUGACAAUGCUAAUAGUAAUGGUACAUCUUCAAUACCUAAUCCUAAUGGUAAUCAUCAAUAUUACCAGCAACAGACAUCAUCUGUGCAUCUUAACUCAUCAGAUGUUGAUCAAUCAAAUAGUAAUGGUAAAAAUUCUAAUCAACCUAUUCAACCGCCGAAAAUUCUGCCAAUUCGUCCGAAAUCAAGCUUAGAAAGAUAUGAUCCUUACUAUUAUACAAAUCAUGUUGAAUAUGGAACAAGUAAUGGUUCCAUUAAUCAACAAACUCAACAAUUAACUUCACCUCCUCCACGACCUUGGUCUGAUUACUUACAGCAACAAGCCGCACGUCCAAACACAAUCCAACAACAACAACAACAACAGCUACCAACCACGUCGAAUAAUUUGACGCAAUCAUCAUCAAAUAUUCGACCCAAAGGAAUUACCUUUCCUCCAUCUAAUUUUGAUACUUCACCUAGAGGACAACAAGAUCGUGAUGUUAGUUUACUUAGAUUACUUGAGUGGAAACAAAAGAUGCUUUCUGGUCCUUUAAAUAAGCGAAACUCAUCCACCACAUCAAAUAUCAACAGUAUGACUCCUAGCUCUAGCAUCAAAGGUAUUUCUGGAGCUGUCAAAUCACCUUCUCACCAUCAUCUUCAUCAUAGUCACCAUCUUAACAAUUCAUUUGGCUCUGACAUGGCUUUCACUGAUGUACCUAUGCGACCUCCUUUACCAAAAGAGUAUCGAACCAAAAUUGGAUUACCAGAUUCACGAAGUCAAGCCGAAGGUGUCCAAGGAUUAAUGGGAGACAUUCGAUCUCAUGAAGAGCCCAUUUUUAGUAGAGCAAGAUCCAAAAGUAUUGGAUCAUCAUUCCCUGUCAAUGAUACUUAUUCAUCAGAUGAUGAAGGAAUUAAAUCAGGAUCAACUGAAGGAGUUCUGGAACCUCAAUCUAAAACUAAUCGAGUUCGACGUCGCCAUGAGAGUUGUGGUAAUCCUCUUGCAUCCACUUCCAAUAGUAAAGAUGUUUGCAAUAGUAAUUUUAUUGCUACGCAACCAAUCGAAGCAAGAGAUGAUCGAAUCUGUACUUCUCCAGAUUACAUGAAUAUCAAUCAAUUGUAUUCAAUGUCUGUCAAAAUGGUUGCUUCCAAUCCAACUUAUGUGGGACCAAGGAAUGUCAACAUUGUUCCAACCGAUGUUAUGGAAAAUUCAACCUCAUCGGAGUUACCCUCCAUGUUGACCUUACCUCGCAGUGGAGGCGACGGUCAAGAAGCUGAAGAAAGUAGAGACAACUUUAUCAAGCGUGAAGAUUAUUACAAGGCACCUUCAACUUUACGACAACCUGAUCUCACCAUGUCUACUCAUCCACAGUCAUCCAUGGUGAUGAACAUGAUGACAACCGAUACAAUCUUGCCAUCAACACCAAGUGCAACAAAUGUAUUGAGAUACAAUGAUGUUACCCUUAACUCAGCUGUACCAAUAAUAGUAUCAGGUCAUCAACAAAUGCCACCAACAAUUCAUCAACAACAAUUCAACCAAUAUGAUAUACAUACAGGUUUACCUCUUGUAAACCCACAAGCACCUUUAACAACAACAGCAACUUCUUACUCGGCUGUUGCCAAACACAGAGGAAUUGUAAAUCAAGCUGAUGUCAUAACAGCAACUCAGUACGCUUACCCUGACCAAUGGAACGCUUAUGGAGCAACUCAAUCUGAAAAUCAACCAAUGGUGCGAUGUGUUUCCCGAGGAGCGACUACAGUUGCACCAACAAAUGCUCAGCUUUUUUACAGGCCAGCAAGUUGUGGACCUAUUUCCAAUGUUCCUGACUCAAUUAACUCUUUAACUAAUAACGCUGUUAGUAGCUCUUCUAAAAUGCCUCCUCCUCCUCCUCCAAAGCCACAGCCCAAAAAUGUAAUGAGCUCUUCAGCAACGUUUGAUCAAGCCAUGCCACCUUCAACUUUAUUAGCAUCAACGAAGCCUCAAAAUAGUGCCACUCCUUUUACCAGUGAUGGUAAUGAGCCUAGAGAUACGAGACUAUCUGAAGGCAAAACACUUGAUCUAAACAAACAAGGCAAUGAUGAUAACAAUGUUGUUAACUCAUCAAGCAACAAUAAGGCUUGUGUUGAACCUGUUAAGCCUGAAGAGGCUGUUGCUCCACCGCCUAAUUUUGUAAAGGAACGCAUUAAAUUAUUGGAAUCUAAAGCUUGUAAAGAAAGUGAUGCUUCAAUAUCUCAACAAACUUCAACUUCUGUGAAGGAUGUGAAACAGUUAACCUGUAAUAAAAACAAAUCAUCUGAGUUAUAUGACGAUUCAGAGCUUACAAGUCGACCUUAUAGCAGUUUAGAAAAGCCAAAUAUGCAAUUGAAUGAAACAAAUUUGCGUAACUCAGCAGUUUCUAAUAAUUAUUCACCCCUUUCAUCAGUCCUUGCUGACCUUAGGAAAACUGCUGAGUCAAUGGGAGACAAGCAUUUAAAUUCACUUGAGUCUAACAAUUCAAGUAAAGAAGGCGAUCGGGGCGAUGCUGAUGGAAGUUCAGGUUCUAAUCAACCAAUAUCUUCUAAAUUAGCAAACCUUUCCAAUAAUCCCAAUGUUUCAAGAGGACCCUCUUCAGUUGAACCCGCCUCUGCAUCUUUUUCUGCAUAUGAAGAUAAAGGAGAAGACGCCGAUGAUGAAAUGAGCCGGGAAUUUGAUUCUAAUCAAUAUUCAAGUGAUUCGGCAAGAAACUGUUCAGUUCCUUUGAGUGCCAAACAGAAAGUCUCAACGAGAGACAAAAGGAUUGCAUUUUCUUCUUCAGUGACAACAUUAGGUCUCGAUGAUCCUAUGACUAAGUCAACCUCACAAGGUUCAUCAGACUUGCCAGUCUCAUCUUGUCAGAACUCAUGUGACCCCAAGGUUCCCUGUCAACCUGUGCCAGAAUUAGUUGUGGAUUCUAGUUCAUCUUACUCUACUUCAAUGGAUAACCCUGCAUAUGUUAGUUCCUCUUACCUUGAAUAUGCUUUGAAAGAUGAUGAAAAGCAAUCGGAAAAAGUUUCAUCAUGUGAUCAGCAAAAACAUGAGUCAAGAACUGAUGAAGAUGUGCAAAUUGAAUCAAAUGUAGAUACUGGAGAUACCAUAGAAGCAACAAAAUCUGCACCCUAUUAUUAUUCAGAUUUAUUACCCAAUGUAAACGAUGACCUAGAGCUUCCCAUUAAUUAUCGCCAACGAGAAAAAUUAGCAAGAAAUCAAAGGUCCACUCUUUAUGGUGAUAGAUCAGUUAGAGACGAAAGCGCCUACUCUUUUAAUCAGCCAAGUAUCGGACCAUCUGGUAAAAAACGGUGCAUCACUCCAGAAAUUGUUACAGAAACUGAUGACAAGUCGGUUAAUCGUGAUCAAAAUGGAAUAAGAUCAAGCCUUCGGUUAAAUUGCUCCAAAUCUGAAAAACGUCGAUCAAGAUCUCUUGAAAAUUUGGAUGAUGAUCAUUUAUAUGAAAAUUUGGAGUUUCUUAAAAGCAAUUCUGAGGUUAAAGAAAACGAUGAUAAACUUCCAGAGCUUCCAAUUAAGCAGAAAAAUAUUUUAGCGACUGAAAAAAAGACGGUGACAUAUUCGUCAAAUCGUAAGGUUAAAUUUGAUGAACCAAUGGAUAAGCGAAAAGAGUCUACAAAUGAAACCGAGUCAGAGUCAGAUAGAUCGCUGUUGGAAGGAGAAGGCUCACAAUCUGGAUCUUAUUUGGAUAAGAAAUUGAGAAAACGACGUUCACCCAGAAAUAGGCGAUCUCAAGAUGAUUUGAAAAAUGUUUCAGAUUCAGAAACAACGUCUAAACCUCCUCCACCUCCACCUCUUCCAUUGGGUUACAAUCAACACGGAUAUCCAUAUUAUUGUGUCAAUGAUAAUCUUAAUAAAUUACAACGAAAAUUGUCUCGCUCAGUAGGAACUGGCUUACAAAAUGAGCAAGACAUUUACAAUUCCAAAAUAUUUUCUUCUGCGGGAGAACUGCUGGGCAAAACUCAUGAAGAAUUGGUUUUACUUUUGAUUCAAUUGCGAAGGAAUCAAUCUCAUCUAGCAUCUACUUGUGAAUCUUUGAGGCUACAAAUGGAAUCGGAGGAAAAAAUGAUGGAAAUUGAACCUCAAAGACGAGAGGAACACAAGAGUCGCUACAAAGAGUUGCGUGAAAGUCUUUUGGAAGUAGAAAGGCAAUAUGAGAAUCAAUUUCCAGUCAUUGACAUGGUUGAUAACAUGGUUAAACUUAAUCAUUCUGGUCCAGGAGUAACAUCAAACCGUCAACAACAGCAACACAAUCGAGACCAUCGUGACUUAUCUCCAACUGAUCAAGAUAAUGAUUUUGAUUUUAAAAGAUCAAAGGCUGCUUCAACAUCCUUCCUUGAUCGAUUUCCCGAAUCACAAGGUGUUUCAUCUUCGUCCACUUCAGCAGUCGCUCAUUCAGGUCUUCCAAUAGUUCCUCAACGUGGUGAACAAUUAAAGUUUACUAACUACUUAUCUCCUCCCAAGAAAAAGGAAGAUGAAGAGUUGGUAGAAUCUGCUGAACAAGAAAAACUAAUUCAAUAUUUGAAACAAGACAAAGAUAUUUUAGAAAAAACCUUAGAAGGUGUUCGUUCAUCGUUAACAAAUUUAAGCUUAAAUGGUACAAGUGAUGGCGAAGAAUCUCCAUCAACAUCAUCUAAUAUUGAUAAAAUGAAACAGCAACAGCAGAUACUUGAAGGAGAGUUGGGACGAGUUCGAGGUUUAAUAGUACAAUCUGCAAAACGAUUAGAGCAAAGGGCUGUUGAAAAUGCUUGGAUUGAACAAGAUGUUUUAAUGGCAAGAUCACAACUCGAUCAAAUUUUAUCUUCUGCAUCAACAUCGACAACAAUGACAACCACCAAUAGUUCAGCAUCAUCUAAUCCUGAUCCAGUAAGUUUGGAAGCUGAACUAGCCAAUAUUGAUCAAGCCAUUGAUAAUUUAAAUGCUAAGCGCAAAGAAAUUUUAGAAAACUUCAAGAAGCAAAAAAAUUCCGAUUCUACAACAACAACGACAUCGACCUCGACUCUAUCAACUGCCCAAAAGCCUCAAUCAACUACCGUUACCAUGAAUCAGACUGCAGUAUCGAGUGUAAAGACAAAUACCUCAACUAGCUCUGGUUAUGGUGAAACUGAUUUAGACAGUAUGGAAUCUCGUGACAUGACUCCCUUUAAUUAUUUAAAAGGUUAUCAACAAUUAACGCCAGAAAAUGAGAUUGCUUCUACUUCUGGAUCCAAUCAUCUUUAUGAAAAUUUAGAUUCCAAUUUAGUCAAUUAUGGUUAUUCUCAUGGCUCAUCCAACAAGAUCAAUGGUAGAUCCGAAGAGUUUAUUGAUGAUGAUCCUGGCAGGCAAUGUCAAUCGGAUGAUUCCACUAAUGAAUCUUCAACUACGCGAAGUGAAAAAAUUAAAUCAGAUCAAAUGGUCUAUAAUGAUAAUUAUGAUUAUGGUGAAUCAAGUGAUGGACAACAAUACACUUUUCAACAGCCUUUAUUAGCUUCAAAUAAAACUGUUAGAUUGGUUAAAAGGGAAUCGGAAAGACGUCGAGUAACUAACAAAUUAUCAACAUAUUCAACAUCAGUUAUUAAUUACAACAAUAGUAACAACAAUAAUACUCAAUUUUAUCAACAUUUUCAACAAGAAAAUGAUUUGUCCGAUUUUCCUGUUUACACUGUAAAUCAUUCAGAUGGGUCAACAACAAUAAUUGAUUCUGGUGAUAAUGAUGAACAUUUUUCAGAAGUUGAUUAUGACAUGGCUGAUCAAAAUUCAAGUCCAGCAUCAUUGCAGUCAUCUUUAUCCAAUUCUACAAAUGAAUUGCCCAUCUUGACCAUGGAAGGCUCUUUAUCUAAAUAUCCUGAAAUUGAUGGUCAAGACAUGGAAAAGGUUAACAACACCGAUUUGCGACCAGCUACUUCAACAUCUGGAUAUCUUUCCAAUGUCAGUCAACAUCAUCCAUCUCAAAAUUCAUCUCCAACAUGCUCACCAUCGGCCCUAUCAACGUGGAGAUCAACUGAUGACAGUGAUAUGGAAAAACCUUCAAAUAUAAAGACAAACAGCGAUUCGAUAAUUACCUCACCUCAAUCAUGUGACUCUCGCCAAAAUUUUAUAAAACCAUCAACCACCAAGAAUGUUGCAAAUGUUGCUCUAGAUACUGUCAAAACUACUGAUGAUAAAAGCCAAGAAUCCAUGGAUGAUGAAGGAAUUGCUCGAGAAACAAGUCUUCCCAAAAAGAUUGAAAUACCUCAUCGUUAUACUCCUGAUUCGGAAAAUGAGUUGACUAUGGAAGAGCUUACCAAAAGAUCUAUGAAAGCCGAGUCUUUUCGUAAAAUGCUUUCAGAUGCCGCUUACAGCUCUUAUACACCAAUUCAUCGUCGUAAUCAAUCAAACUCAUCCUUUUGCUCAACCGGAGGACUUCCUUCAUCCUCAGCUGUCCCAAGUCUUACCACUGGCGACCCAAAUGGUUUACAGCCUCUUCGCAAAAUUUACUCUUUUGGAGACAUUGAAAACCUGGACUCUUCUAAACAGGUUGUCACCAAAGAUGUAAAAAACAUAUUCGACCAAGAGAAGAAAAGGCGAGCUCAACUCUUGGCUUUGAGCUCUGAAAUAGCCAAAGAAGCGACUGAAAAAAGUCGCAAAGUUGCAAAUGUAAUUCAUGGCACUCACUCGCCAUCAUCAUUCAUCUGAAUCACAGAAUGAUCAAUGUUUCAUUAUGCAUCAUUUUUACAUUUAAAUCAUAUUUUUGAGUUCAGUUUGAAUAGAAAACUAUUCAUGGUCACUCGAUAGUUUUUCAAUUUUGACCAUUAACCAAACUAGCGCACAACGAGAUUUAUCCAAACGAGAAUUGGAUUCCAUUGAUGAAGAGGAAUGAUCUGAAUUUGUAUUUUCAAUUGCAAGUGAAUUGAAUGGAUGGCAACCAGAUCACAAUAGAUUCCAAUACUUGCAGCAUCACGAAGUCCUACUCAUGUUCCUCUCUUCCAAGCUUUUAUAGCACAGCAAUUGAAUCUCUCGAUUGCUUGUUUAAUUCAUUUGAAAUUCAAUCUCAUUCAACUUUCCUGAUUUAUUUACAAAAGCAAGCUAAAUUGUUCAGCUAUAACGAGAUGUAAAAAGUUUAUAAAACGACAACAGUGAGGGUUGUAUUCAAAAUAAAUAAGUUAUUAAGAAUCACCAUUGGCCCAGAAAAUCGAAAGCAGAUUUUUUUAACAAGAAUAAAUGUAAAAUAUUGAAAGUCAACGAGCAAUUUAAAAAGAUUUGCUUUAAAGAUGAGACAAUUAACGACGCCAAAAGAGGAUAAAAAUGCAAAAAAAUUGAAUCAGUUGGCUGCUAAUCAAUUUAUCAACGAUCCUAUUUUGUCAACUCUUUUACGACGCAAAACUAUGCUGGUAACAAUUGAAAUUGAACCCUGUUAAUACACACAUCAACAUUUUAUCCCAGUGAUUAUCUCAAUCAAAUGUUGUUUUUCUGAAGAAAAAUUAUUUCUAAAUUAUAAUUUAUAACUUUGAAUUGUUAAUUGCUCAUUACAAUUAUAUAAAGAAAACCUCUGUGAAUAACAAAAUACCACAAUUUAAAUCUCUUUUGUCCCUUCUCGGUCCCAUUUUCAAUUCCUAUUUAAACAUCUUUUUUUGUAACAAAAAUUGAAAAACAAAUUUAAUUGAUAAAAUAAAACAGAAACAUUGAUUUCAUUGUUUUCCUUG